GGGGUUGGUCCAACCGCUCCCUCGCUCGCGCUCCUUCCAGCAGUGGAGGUGGAGAGUCCCAAAACCAGCCAGCCAGCCAGCCAGACGGAGACGGGAGGAUUUACCAAGUCUUUUUGGAGGAAACGCCGCCAGAAGCCACUUCCUGCCAAGUUGCGGUACCGCGCGCCUCGAGCCCCGAAGUUUCCCCGCGCCGCUUCGGACUGGAGCGGCCGCGCGGCAGGAGCGCUUCUCUUUCGGGGGCGCACCGAACGGUUUUUAAGUAAAACGUAUUUUAUUUGAUUUUGAAGAUUUAAAAAUGGAAACAUUUCAUUUUUGGAUAACCUUGGCACUUUUUGUAACUGGAUCUGUCAUGAGUGAAGGUUCAGAAAGAGACUUUUCCAGCCUGAAUGACUCUGGAAUAUCUGCUAUAGAAAUGGAAGAUAAAUUAAUUAUUCCUGCCAGUCAGCCCAACACUAACAAGAGCAAUUGUUCAAAAAGUCCCAGAAUGACUAAUACUUUUAAACAUAUCAAUACAGUAAUUUCUUGCGCAAUAUUCAUCAUUGGGCUUGUUGGAAAUGCAACUCUUCUGCGGAUAAUCUACCAGAACAAAUGUAUGAGGAAUGGACCUAAUGCAUUGAUAGCCAGUCUGGCCUUGGCAGAUCUCAUCUACAUCAUCGUUGAUAUUCCUAUCCACGUAUAUAAGCUUCAUUUUCCACAUGCCUUUGCGAUGACAAAUUUUGGACAAUUUCUUUGCCCUUUUGUUCCUUUUAUUCAGAAGGCAUCGGUGGGAGUCACUGUUCUUAAUCUCUGUGCCCUAAGUGUAGACAGAUACCGAGCAGUUGCUUCCUGGAGUCGUGUUCAGGGAAUUGGUGUCCCCUUGAUUACUGCCAUUGAAAUUUUUUGUAUUUGGAUUCUUUCCUUUAUCCUGGCUAUUCCAGAAGCAAUUGGUUUCACCAUUGAUGAUUUGGUUUAUAAUGAAAAACGAUUCAGAACCUGUAUGCUAUUAGCAAACAACAACUUCCUGAAAUUUUACGUUAAAAUAAAACAUUGGUGGCUCUUUGGUUUCUAUUUCUGCAUGCCACUUGCUUGCACGGCAUUCUUUUAUACCCUGAUGACCUGUGAAAUGUUGAACAGGAGGAAAAGUAAUUUGAGAAUUGCUCUCAGUGAACAUCUUAAACAGCGCCGAGAAGUUGCUAAAACAGUUUUCUGUUUAGUUGUGAUUUUUGCUCUUUGCUGGUUUCCUAUGCAUCUAAGCCAGAUACUGAGAAAAACACAGUAUUACAAAGAUGACCCCAAUAGAUGUGAAUUCCUCAGCUUUUUGUUGACUAUGGAUUAUAUAAGCAUUAACCUAGCAACCAUCAAUUCCUGCAUAAAUCCUAUAGCGCUCUAUUUUGUGAGCAAGAAGUUCAAAAACUGUUUCCAGUCAUGCCUCUGCUGUAUUUGUCAUCGGACAGGAAGUCAGAUGUCCUCUGUCCCCAUGAAUGGGACCAGCAUUCAGUGGAAAACUAAUGAACUGAAUAACCACAAUACAGAACGGAGCAUCCACAAAGACAGCUUAAAUUGAGAUUCAGCAAAGGCUGUGCUUCUGAAUCUAAGGGAAAGACAACAGAUAAGAUAUCUAUGAUUGAACAAACUUAUUUAUUUGGAAGCUCUGUGCUUUAGCACUUAAUUCCAGAGAUAAGCAGAAAGAACAGAUGCGCAUAAAGGGAUUCCAAAUGGUUCUUUUUCUUAUAAAGAAAUUCACUUUUGGCAGGAACAAAAAGAAUCGACCCAGUAUUCUGCAAAGUGUUCACAAAUUUCAGUCAGAACAUUUAGCUGUAUGUUAUGUUACAUAUUCUGUUAUAUCAUUUUAAUUUUAUAAUCUUAAUGAAUUUUCUUGAAUGUCAAGAAUUGUGAAAACAUGGGACCUGUAUCUACUCUAUAAUAACAUUCUUUUGUCAGGAAAUACUUUAGUUAAUCUAUAGGUAGUCCUCAAUUUACAACUAUAAUAAGGACUGGAAAAUUUGUUGUUAAGUGCUACUUUCACUAAGAAAAGCAUCACAUGUCGACAUCCAAUUUUACCACCAUUUUCACAUAGUCAAGUGAAUCACUAUGAUUAUCAAGCAAAAUAUUACCAGACUAUGGCUUGACAUCUUCCCUGUCGGCUUCCUCACUGACUUUGUUUAUUGGAAACAAACUGCUGGGAAAGUUGCAAAUGAUGAUUGCCGGCAGAAUGUUGCAACCAUCAUAAACAUGCAAUGAUUAGCAAGCAUCUCAAUCAUAAUCAUGUGACUGCCCGAGAUGUUGCGACGAUGCGUAAAUGAGAGAACCAGUCAUAAAUUACUUUUUUCAGUACUGCUGCAACUUGGAACAGUUGCUAAAUGAAUGGACAUUAAGCAAGGACUGCCUGUAUUUCACUUUUGGAUGCCUGUUCAGCCAAAAACAUUUUUAUAACUGUAAUAUAUAUGUUAAAUUAGAUCUAUCCAGUAUUUUAUGUGUUGUAAUGUAACAAAUGAGACAUAAUUUGUAAAAUUAUUUUUUGUGGAGGCGGGUUGCCAACCACUGGUUUGUGGGUACAGAUAUAAUAUUAGAAUUUAACAUUUAGGACAUAAACUUAAGCCCAAAAGAUAGAGCAGUGUAUUAGCAGGCAAAUUUUAAAUAAACCAUAUGCCGACACAAAAUGAUAUAUGUUCUCUGUGAAAAUACCUUUCAACAGCUAUGCAUAUUUCUCUGUAGCAAAUGAUUCCAAUGUUGAACUGUCCCCACUUUUUAUAACAUUCAACUGGAAUCUAUAUUUUGACAAAUUAAGACCAUUACACCAUAUCCAUCACUCUAUUUGUGAUAGCUAUUCAGAUAUUUGAAAAAUGCUUUUAAAUUUCUCCUCAGACUUUUCAAGGUCAGACAUAUCCACUUCCUCCUAUUUCUUCUCAAAAGACUUACAUUUCCUUGUUAUCCUUCUAUGCAGCUUUUUCAGUUUCUCAUACUGAAAACACACACACAUAUGAUCUUGUUAUCAAAUAUUGUAAAAAUGGCAAUGAAUAUAAAACACUUCUAAAUUCUAUUUCAUAAAAAUGAAUGCUAUAUUUUCAAUUGUUAAUGAUAUAUUUAAGAUUGAUAAUUCUGGCAUUCUGUUGCAGACAAAUCCUAAAACAUAAGCCUCUAUGGUGGGCAGAAUCAAGAUACAAACCUUUGUCUUUCUCUUUGCCAACCUUUUUUCCUAUUUGCUUUGAUGUCUUUUUUUUUUUGUUCCAUUUUUAUUUCUUUUGCUACCACAGCAUGUUGCCAAGAAACGGAGAGAUCAACUGUCCAUAAUUUUGACAUGGUCUCUUUUGAAUGACUGCUAAAAACAACAUGUGACCUGAACAUUUUUUACAGUUCAUUUUGGAGAAAUAAGAUUUUACAGAAGGAUUUCGACAAUAAAUUACAUUGCACUUAUGUGUGCUUAUAGAAACCAUUCUCUAACAGUACAGCACACAGGAUUCCUGCAUAGAUAAAUGUGAAUAAAAAAACUCUUAGGAGCCUAAAUGAAUUUUUGAAAAGAAUCUUUGAAAAGAAUUUUUGAACAUAUUCUUCUAUCUUAAUUAAGUUAGAGGGGACACUAUAGGGAUGAACAAAUAGGUUGGUUUUGAAACUUCUCUUUUUAUAGCUUUACUAGUCUUAAUUUUUUUCAACCAAUUUCACAUUACAUUAAUAAUUUUGUUUAAAAGCGUGCACACGAAAAUUCAUUUAUAAAUUUAUGAACGCCUCUCACAAAAACAUACUGUUUAUAAUUUGUACUAUUACGUGUCUUGACAAGCAAGUUGCCAAAUACAGUGCAUUCUGCACAUUAUUACCCCUAAUACAGACAUUUCUGCACAUUCUUCCAUAACAUGCAACCACAGCUUCAGUUUGCAUAUUGGUAAAAAGUUACAUAAGUUUACAUUAAAAUACCAAGCAAAUGUCUUUACCUUUAGAAAGGAACUUCAAUUUGAGAAUUAUAUUCUGCUUCUUAAAGAGUUGUACAGGAUUGAAUCAUUUCUUAAGGCAGCGUGACAUCUUGCUUUUGGGCAUAUGGCUGCCUAGAGAUAGCUGGGAUGUAUUAAUGAAUAGCAAAGGGUGCUUUUGUUCACACAGAGUCCAGAACACUUCUGAGUAAGUUUUCAAAACUUUUCAUGGAAAUAAUUAAUAUUUGGACUGAGCUGAGAUAAUUCUAGUGAAUUAAAAGUUUGUUACCUGUUAUAAAUAGGUAGCUCAGCAAAUAACAGCAAUCGGCUGAUUUUGGCUGUUCUUGAAAUCUUAAGCAGAUCCUGUCUAGUUAGUUGGAUGAUCAAUAGGAAAUUCCAAGGCUAUAAAUUAAGUUUAGUAGUUAAGAAAACACCCUGGAAAAGAUAAGAAAUAAUUUUUCUACUGCUGUCAAACAGCCUAUUGUAUAUGGGCCUUUAGAGAUAACCAAUUCAAGGGAAAUUUGAUUUUUUAAAAUGAGUAAAUAACAACAUAAUUCUUUGGGUUUCCUGGAGUGCCUAAUGGACAGUAGGGUACCUGAUUCCUCCUCCUAAUUGGAUUCUAGUUUUAGAGGCAAGAAUCAUUUAUUAACUUUAUUCUUUUCUCUGAUAUUCAGACCUAUGAUGCCCAGUAUUGGAAAAAUCUGAGUUGGGAAAGUCUCAAAGGAAGCCAAGGGCAGGAUGGAAUUGCUCAAAAGUAGAUGCCGAGCUAAGUCCAAUUAUUCUUUCUCCAUAGUGGUCUAACUAAUUCAAUGUUCAGAAUUCCUCUGCAACAAUUAUAAUUUAAGUAGGCCUUUUAUUCCGUGUUCAUACAUGAUGCUUGAAGUAUCUCUUGGGGAAAUAAAAAUUAAAAAAUAUAGUGAAAAUGUAAAAUGUGAAUCCAUAUAAAUCAUUAUAAUCCAAAUGACUUCUCUAUCAUAAUGUCUGUGGUGAGGUUCUUAUUAGCAGCAUUUUAUUUUCUAACAAAAUGGGUUGCUUAAAACAACACAACUUACACUGUACUGCUACAGAAUAUUGUUAGCCAAUUUAUGAUGUCUGCUAUGCUUAAAUAUGCAAAAUAACCAUGUGGUUUUAAACCUUUAAUAAUUUCAAGUAUCUCCAAUUCUGUGCAUAAAUAAGGUCAAUUUGCUGAACAGUUACACACAUCUUCAUAUAGAAGAUAAUAUUGUAAUUUGUAUAUAUGAAAUGUCUAUGUAAAUGUCUAUAGGUAUUUUGAUAUAUACUUCUCAUAGCUUUCUUCUGUUUAUAUACAUAUUCUUCUUUUCAAAUAAAAUGUAAUACGUUGA